AUGAUUACUGGCGAUUAUCCACCACCAAAAUAUGAAGAAAUUCUUAAAAAUGAUAAUGAAGAUUCUAUCAUCACUGAUACCACUACCGUUUCUUCGUUUCCCGCACCAUUAUCACCAUUAGCAGGAACAAACAUAGCAAACACGAAUGAAAAUAUUAUUGCAGUUACACCAUUCCGUGUUAACUUAAUUUCCUCAACUACACCUGUUUUUGGACCAUAUCCUAUUGAAACCGAUUGUCCAUAUUGUCAGGCGCAUGUUGUAACAUCAAUACAAAGGAUAAUCGGUGUGUUACCGUGGAUUAUUAUGGGAAUAUGCUUUCUACUCGGUUUCUUUCUACUUCUCCCAUGGUGCCUUUGCUGUGUCCCAUUUUACAUAGAUAAUUGUCGGGAUGUCGUCCACUCAUGUCCAUCCUGCAAACGAACUCUUGGACGCUUUAUUAGAGUAUAA